CCCAGAGUGCGCCCUUCCCACAUGCCCCCAGCCGUGAUCGCCAGCAGAUCGCACUGAUCAUCAGGGCAUUGAUGAUCAGUGCCCUGAAGUGCCGCCCAGCAGUGCCACCCAUCAGUGCCCAUCAUCAGUGCCACCCAUCAGUGCUGUCCAGCAGUUGCGUCCAUCAGUGCCAUCAGUCAAUACCGUCAGUCAGCGCCGCCUGUCAGUGUCUCCCAUCAGUGCUGCCUAUCAAUGACCAUCAUUGCUGCAUAUCAGUGCAGCAUCAUCAGUGCCUCCUCAUCAAUGCCCACCAGUGCCGCCUCAUCAGUGCCACCUCGUCAGUGCAACCUAUCAGUGCCCAUCAGUGCUGACAAUCUGUGCCACCUCAUCAGUGCCUAUCAGUGCUGUCUAUUGGUG